AUGGUCACGGUGAACAGCACAAACCCCCAAGUUGUGAUCGAAUCGUCAGGAGUCCCGACCAUACGAACAAGUAGCAUCACCUCCCCCGUGGUGUUAACCACACCCUUGGGAAAAAGCAUGUAUAGCAGCUAUUCAUACAGUAACCCAGUGUCCAGUUCGUAUAGCUCACAUAAUGAGUGUGAAUACAACUGGGAGAGGGUGUCCACCAAGCCAUCACAAAGCACUCAGCAUGGUGAGUACAUGAAAACCUUUGAGGUGCCCACAGGGCUGUACUACGAAACGAUGCCCUUAACAAGGAACACAAACAAUAUUUUUGAAGUAACUCCAUCGAAGGAAGAAUUGAACAAAAUAAAUUAUAAUCCCAGGAUAGAGGUCUACUCGACUAGCAACUUUGUAAUUAUAAUGAUGGACUUACCAGGGGUGUCUAAAGAAAAUUUAAAAGUCGAGUUAGAAAAUGGGGUGCUAAAAAUAUUCGGCCACAAGUAUAAGGUACCACUGGAGGAACUACAAACGGAACAUGAAUACCACACGAAAAUAAUUGAAAGAGUUGGUGAGUACUAUUUUUGCAAGAUGUUUCAGAUGCCUCCAGUUUUUUCUGACGGGCAAAGUAUAUCCUGCACGUUGCGCGACGGCGAACUGACGCUCAAAAUGUUGGCCUCCGAGUUGCGGCCGCAGAAGAGAGUCGUUGAGGUGCAGUCGUAA